UAAAUACAGCCUUAGAUUGAUGUCAAAAAAGAAAAGGAAAAAUUAGGAGCUCCCUUGUAAACAUCGCUCCAGCACACAUGGCAGGGCACGAUUGCGGCGCAUCUCGCCCUUCCCCGGGGCCUGAGCAUUUCCGCACCGCCGCCACCCCUUCCCUCCACGGCACCGCCUCGAGCGAGCACCACCGCGCAUUCCCCUCCGCCCCUCGGCCUCGGCAGUCAGCUGCUCUCCCGGUCUCCGCGGCCUCUGCCCCAGCCGCCAUGCCGCCGGCCCCUGCCUCCCUUGCGCCGCCGAAGUCGAGGAGCACCAACUCCGAUUCGCACUCCUGCUCCUCGGCCUCGGCAGUCAGGUGCCCACCGGCCUCCGCCGCACUGCCGCCGCAGGCCCCUGCCUCCGCACCGUUGGGCCGCCAAAGCCGAGGAGCGCCGACUCCAGACUCCUCGCUCAGCUACUCUGUGCACCGCUGCUGCUGCUCGCCUCGCCGACUCGGCAGUUUCUUGGACUGUGAGCGAGACACUAAAAAUAGAAGACGAGGAGGUUUUUUUCAUCAAGUGCCCGCAGCAUCGGGUACGCCCUAUUGCUUCAGCUCAGGGGAGUCAGGGAGUGUAUUUGCAAGCAUUGAUGAUAAUGAUAUUUUAUAUCGUCUUCAGUCCUGUAGAUCUCGCAAAGGUGUUGGUUCUUCUUCUACCGUUGAUCAGGUCAUGGGACACACAGAUGAAGCAAAUUAUUGAUUUGUGUGCAGGUAAUCAAGAUUACCGGGCCCUUCAUCUGCAGAGAACACUUUGAUUGCAUCCUGCAUCAUUGGACGGUUUGAUGGGUCAGGUUCUAUGCACCGAACCGCGAUGGCAAUCACUUUGAAGAUUUCAUUUGCAAUCUCAGCUUUAGGGAAUGGGAGUCGGAUGUCCAGCAAAUCCUUGGGUAUUGUAUUUUUCUUGUCCAUGGACGAGAGGGAUGAAAGAAAAUCACCCGGAUGAUGUCCCAUGAACAACUCGAGCACAAGCACUCCAAAACUAUAGACGUCGCACUUAUCCGUCACCCUUGUUGUGUAUGCAAGCUGUGCCAAACCAACAAUGAAGAGUUAAUUUUAAUAACCUUUUUGUAUGUAUGCACUAAAAAAAGGGGUGUGAAGGGAUAAUAAGACUUGUUCCCUGCCACACAUAAGUAAGAAGGCAUGGCUCGAACCCGGGCUGGCUAGCCCACCAACCAUGGUACUAAUCAUUUGCAUCCGGGAGAGUUCUCAUAUAUAGAUUGUAGAGACCAGAGAUAAACAUAGUAUGGUCGAUAAAAAGAUAUAUGAUAUAUUAGUUUUUGACUGUAUAAUUGGAUACAUUUACACAAACCAAUAAGUAAUACUCUACUUCCUGCAACAGUUAGGAAGAUCUAUGCUAAUCAUUUCAUUAUUGAUGUGAAAAUAUAUAUAACGCUAUGCAAGACAUCCAUCGAAGUGACCAAAAUAAAUGUAACAACAUGUUCAU